UCGCGGACGGAUAUACCCGAUGGCCCUCUCUUGUGGCCCACGUUACAAGAAUUUGCACUGCUCCGAUCAACCUCGAGGAGCUCAAUCUCGACCUCAUCAUUACGGACGUCAGGACGCGCGCCCACGCCAAUUCCGUAAUCGAGUACAUUAAACGCAACACGACCGAGAAGACAAGGAUCACCAUCACUGCCUCGAAGGAUCCUAGAGACAGUGAUUCUCUAGGUACUGCAAAUGUCACGACUAGCCAGCUCAGUGACGACAGCGAUGACAGCGACGGCAGCGAUGAUAGCGACGGCAGCGAUGAUAGCGACGGCAGCGAUGAUAGCGACGGCAGCGAUGAUAGCGACGGCAGCGAUGAUAGCGACAGCAGCGAGGAUAGCGUUGAUAGCGAGGAUAUGUCGCCCGCACAGCGCAAGGAGAUGAGAAGGGCACACAAAGCGAUUCUUCGAUACGCUGCAAGCGAGAGGGCGAGAUGGAGCUGAAAAGAAACCCAGAAACCGAACUGGAUAAGAUAGAAUGGAUUAUUAUGGACGGGCAUGGCCGGGACGUUACCCAGGGUCCUGAGGCCAUUUGACCCUGACGUUACACAAUGACCGAAUACGAGAUACAGUAGCCGAGGCGUUACACAGAGCCUUACGAUAUCAUGUACUACCCAUGCGCACAGUCCUGCGUCACUUUAU